AUGAAAGGACUGUUUGAGAGUUGGACUGGCAUGCAUACUAGAAAGAAGGAGAAGCGGCUGUUGUUGGUUGGUUUCUUUGCGGUGAUCUGGAAUAUCUGGAUGGAGAGAAAUGACAGAAUCUUCAACAACAGGGAAGCAGGUGUUGAGGACAUACAAGAAAGGACGUUUUUGAGCUACAAAGAGUGGUCUGAUAUUGAUCUUUUUGAUUUUGCCAACCCUCGUGGAUUAGAUGCUAUCGACCUCAAUGAUGAUGAUAUUGAAGAUUGGAGAAUCUUGCUCCGACAUGACAAGGGGGUAGUAGCAUGUAAGAAACGAUGGUAUAAGAUCAACAAGGCUGUUGCACAAUUUGCUGGUUGCUACGAUCAAGCUAGUCAAAACAUAAGGAGUGGUUCAAACGCUGAUGAUAUAAAGGAGUUGGCUUAUAAACUUUAUUCCACAUAUUAUGGUCAAAAAUUCACUUUUGAGAGGCAUUGGAACAUGCUUCGGUUGGAGCAAAAAUGGAGAAGCCAACUACCUACACAGAGUGGCGGCUCAAAGAGAACCAAGGUUAGUGCAACUGGAGCAUACUCAUCCUCAUCAAACCCAGAAACACCAUUGGCUGACGAACUCGGUGUGGACUCUCCCGUUCGCCACAAGGAUCAAAGAAGAGCAAGCAAAAAGGCUUUGUAUGGCAAAAGAAGACGGCAAGAUAACACACUCAUAGAUAAUUGGAUCGAUGAGUAUUUACUCGAAGAUUCAGAAGAAGAAGAUAUCGAUAGAAGCUCUAUCCCAAUUACUCGUAGAUGGAUCAACAGAGAUCGAGAAGCAGGAUAUGAUCGCCUUUUUCAAGAUUACUUUGCAGAUGAUCCGGUGUAUAAUGCUGACAUUUUUCGACGAAGAUUUCGAAUGAGAAGACAUGUGUUCCUUCGGAUAGUAGACGCUCUCUCAAACGUCUAUCCGUAUUUUCAACAGAAGGUUGAUGCAACUGGAAGAAGAGGCUUGUCGCCACUCCAGAAAUGUACCGCUGCGAUACGGAUGUUAGCAUAUGGCGUAGCAGCUGAUGCCGUUGAUGAUUAUGUGCGUAUAGGCGAGAGCACUACAAUUGAAUGCUUGGAAAAAUUUGUUGAAGGUGUCAUUUCGGUGUUCGAGGAUGAAUACUUGCGAAAACCCAAUCCAAAUGACCAUCUUCAGACCUUUGGAUAUGUUGGAGUUUCUGGUUCAAAUAACGAUAUCAACGUAUUAGAUCGUUCUCCAGUGUUUGAUGAUAUUCUAAAUGAUCGUGCUCCGGAGGUAAAUUAUACUAUUAAUGAUAAUAAUUAUACAAUGGGAUACUAUUCAGCAGAUGGUAUUUAUCCUGAAUGUGACACAUUUGUCAAAUCAAUCUCAAAGCCACAAUGGGAGAAACGCAAGUUAUUUGCACAAUACCAAGAAGGGCAAAGAAAAGAUGUGGAACGAGUAUUCGGAGUGUUGCAAGCACGCUUUGCAAUUAUACGUGGUCCAGCUCGUUUUUGGAAAAAGAAGAAGCUUGCCAACAUAAUGAGAGCUUGA